AAUUUUAAGGCACAGUGAAAGCUAUGCUGCCCAUGACAGUGAAAGUGCAAUUAGUGAUGGAUGCAAUUGCCAUGCAGUUGCGCUCCGACAGUCAAAUUUACAUUUGUAAAUGCUUAACACAUCCGUAUUGACAAAACGAGUCAUGUGACGACCACGAAGAUGGCGCAUCUUACAGUAUAUAGCAGUUUUCUGAAAAUGUCUUGCCCCUCAAUACCAGUUUGGACCGGCGGACAAUAUCACGAGUGUUAAUUAUCGGCUGACUCAAUCCAAUCGCGGGGACCCGAUAUCAUGGCGUUGUUGAUCAUUGGGAAUCCGACUUGGUAAUGAACCACAGGCUAAUGACUAACCUGGAAAUACAUAAAUAAACCGUAAAAAAAAAAAAAUCCGUUCCUAUCGAGAUGCUGCUGCAACAAUAGCGUUUGGAGAUUUAGAUGACCGUGUGUAUUGGGUAGGUGGACACCGAAACUGCAUCUUGUGUGACUAGGAGACACAGCGAGCAGGACAGACCGGGAGAUAAAGGAACCGCGGGCGAAGACAUUGGUGGUCCAUUUUAUGUUGUUGCUUAUAAUAGCCUAUAUUUCUAACGAGUUGUAGCCUAGUCCCGUUCGAUACAUAAAGAGCCGGGGAUAUUCCUAUAGCUUUCAUUUAGCCACAUCCUCCCACGAUAUCGACAGAAUGAGGCUUGGUCUCCAGGUGGGAAAAUAACAAAAAUCCCAAGAUGUGGAUACCGACAGAAGAGGAAAAAAUCGGAGUUGUUAUUUGUAACUUCCGGGGCUCAGUAUGUCAGGCCCUGGUUCUGGAGAUAGGAGAGACGGUGCAGAUCCUGGAGAAGAGUGAAGGUUGGUACAGAGGGUUUUCCACCAAGAAGCCUUCAAUCAAGGGUAUAUUCCCAACCAACUAUGUCCACCUGAAGAAAUCCACAGUCACCAACAGAGGGCUGUGUGAGACGGUGGUGCCUCUGGAAGAUCCCAUUAUCACUGAGACCACCUCCACCCUGCAGGAAUGGGGCGUGCUGUGGAAGCAACUCUACGUGAAGCACAAGGUGGACCUGUUCCACAAGCUGCGUCAUGUGAUGAAUGAGCUCAUUGACCUGCGCCGGCAGCUCAUCCAGGGUCACCUGGCCCAGGACCAGACCAGAGAGAUCAAACGCCACAUAACCGUGCGCCUGGACUGGGGCAACGAGCACCUUGGCCUGGACCUUGUUCCAAGAAAGGAGUUUGAAAUGGUGGAUCCGGAUCAUAUCAGUGCAUCUGAACUCUACAAAAUGCAUGCAUCCAGCAGACACUGUGGCCAGCCAAGCACAAACCAGUGUUCGUCGUCCGAUCGUUCUCAGGGCGACAGCGUGCGUCAGCGCCAUGGAGACAGUUGCCGUGUUCCGGUGCAACACCACCUCUUCAUCAACCUGAAGAGUUUCACCUACAACACCAUCAGCGAGGAGGCAGAUGUCUUCUUCUCCCUCUACGACACCCGUGACAACAAACAGAUCAGUGAGAAGUUUAUGGUGAGACUGAACAAAAGUGGAGGACCAAAGAACCCAGAGAAGGUGGACCGUCUCUGUGCUCUCUUCACGGAUCUGAGCAGUAAAGACCUGAAGAGAGACCUGUACAUUGUUGCACAUGUCAUACGAACUGGUCGUAUGUUGUUGAAUGACUCAAAGAAGGGUCCGCCCCACGUGCAGUACAGGAGACCGUACGGCUGUGCUGCUCUGGCCAUGAGUGACGUGUUCCACACCAUCACAGACCUCCAAGAGGAGAAGGACUUUGUGCUCAAAGUUUACACAUGUAAUAAUGAGAACGACUGGUUUCAGAUCCACGAGAACAUCAUCCGCAAGUCUAGUACCAAGUACUCAGCUCCAAGCACCAACUAUGGCCUCAUCAUCUCUCUACAGCUGCUGCGGGGGGAGCUGGAUCAGAUCAGGAGGGAGAAUCAUGCUGUGUUCAGCAGGUCCCUGGCCAUCAUGCGCAAACUCGGCUUCUCUGAUGUCAUCAUGCCAGGUGACACUCGUAAUGACCUGUACCUGACCCUGGAGCGUGGGGACUUUGAGAGGGGGGGCAAGAGUGUCCAGAAAAACAUUGAGGUCACUGUCUAUGUGCUUUACGCUGAUGGGGACACACUCAAGGACUGUAUCAGUCUGGGUAGUGGGGAGCCAAACACAAGUGAGCACCGGUCCUUUGUCCUCUACCACAACAACAGCCCUCGCUGGAGUGAGAUGAUCAAACUACCCAUCCCCAUUGACCGCUUCAGAGGAUCACACCUGCGCUUCGAGUUCAGACACUGCUCCACUAAAGACAAAGGGGAGAAGAAGCUGUUUGGUUUUUCCUUCACUCCUUUGAUGAGGGAGGAUGGGACCACGCUAUCAGAUGAGAGCCAUGAGCUCUAUGUCUAUAAGUGUGAUGAGAAUACAACGUUCAGUAACCAGGGCCUGUACCUGAGCAUGCCCUGCUGUAAGGAGGACUUCAACAGCUGCCCCAACCUGCCCUCCACCCUGCCCUUCCAGAGGAACCCCAAGGAGACCUUCUGGGUCUCCACACAGCUUUGCUCCACCAAGCUCACUCAGAAUGUGGACCUCCUGGCCCUACUGAACUGGAAAGCCCACACUGACCGGGUGUUGGACAUCCUGGGCAGACUACGCCACAUCAAUGGAGAGGAGAUUGUCAAGUUCCUACGAGAUGUCCUGGAUACACUGUUUUGUCUCCUGGAUGACAACACCGAUAAAUACGGACCACUGGUUUUCCAGUCAUUGGUGUUUAUCAUCAACCUUCUCAGGGACAGUCGUUUCUACCACUUCCGGCCUGUUAUGGAGGCCUACAUACAGAACCACUUUGCAGGAGCUCUGGCCUACAAAGAGCUAAUCCGCUGCCUGAAGUGGUACAUGGACCGCUCUGCUGAGGUUGUCAGACAGGACCACAUCCAAGAGGCCAUGAAGGCUUUGGAGUACCUGUUUAAGUUCAUUGUCCAGUCUCGGAUCCUGUACUCGCGGGCGACCUGUGGUAUGGAGGAGGACCAGUUCAGAGCCAGCAUCCAGGAACUCUUCCAGUCCAUCCGCUUUGUGUUGAGUCUGGACAGCCGCAGCUCUGAGACCCUCGUCUUCACACAGUUUAGGGGUGUGAUCAACUGCAUGCCUUUCUAUGGUAGUCAUGCUCCAGGGGUCUCUCCUGUCUCAGCGGCGUUGUUGAACAGUUUCCCAGACAUUUUUGACGAGCUGCUGCAGAUGUUCACAGUGCAGGAGGUGGCUGAGUACGUCCGGGGCACGCUGGGGAGCAUGCCCAGUACGGUGGACAUCGGCCAGUCUAUGGACGUGGUCAAACUGCAGUCCAUCGCCCGCACCGUUGAGAGCAGGCUCUUCUUCUUCCCUGAGUCUCGUAGUAUCUUGCUGCCGGUGGUCCUGCAUCACAUCCACCUGCACCUACGCCAGCAGAGGGAGCUGCUGAUCUGCUCAGGAAUCCUCACCAGCAUCUUCUCCAUCAUCAAGACCAGCUCUAUGGAGUCUUCUGUGCAGGAGGAGGUAGAGAUGAUGGUGGAGAGCCUGUUGGAUGUUCUGCUCCAGACUCUGUUGUCCAUCAUGUCCAAGUCUCAGUCUCUGGAGACAGCUAGGGGGCAGCGCUGUCCCCAGUGCACCGCUGAGAUCACGGGGGAGUAUGUGUCCACUCUGCUGUCUCUACUCAGACAGAUGUCAGAGAUCCACUUCCACCACCUGCUCAACAACUUCCACAGCAAAGAGGAACUCAAGGAGUUCCUGUUGAAGAUCUUCUGCGUGUUCCGGAACCUGAUGAAGCUCACCAUCUUCCCCCGAGACUGGAGUGUCAUGAGGCUACUGACCAGUCAUGUCAUUGUGGCGACAACACAGUACCUGUCUCCAGCGUUACACAAGAACUUCUCAGAGGCGGAUUUUGACUUCAAGGUGUGGAAUUCCUUCUUCAGCCUGACGGUCCUGUACAUCAACCAGCCCAGUCUGCAGUUGGAGCCCUUGACCCAGGCCAAGAGGAAGAAAGUCCUGGACAAAUAUGGAGAUAUGAGGGUGAUGAUGGCCUAUGAGCUCUUCAGCAUGUGGCAGAAGCUUGGUGAGAAUAAGCCUCACUUUAUCCCUGGAAUGAUGGGUCCGUUCCUGGGAGUGACGCUGGUGCCUCAGAGCGAAGUCCGGAAUAUCAUGAUCCCCAUCUUCCAUGACAUGAUGGACUGGGAGCAGAGGAAGAACGGCAACUUUAAGCUGGUGGAAGCAGAGUUGAUGGACAAGCUGGAGAGUAUGGUGGCUGAUGGGAAAGGGGACGGCAAUCACAGAGAGCUCUUUGGCCUGCUGACCCAGUUGUUUGGGCCUUACCCCAGCCUACUGGAAAAAAUUGAGCAGGAAACAUGGAGAGAGACAGGCAUUUCGUUUGUCACCUCCGUCACGAGACUGAUGGAGCGCUUGCUAGACUACAGGGACUGUAUGAAAGGAGAUGAGAUGGAGAACAAGAAAAUGGGUGGUUCUUCCAACCUCAUGAACUUCUACAAGUCAGAGAUCAACAAGGAGGACAUGUACAUCCGCUACAUCCACAAGCUGUGUGACCUGCACCUGCAUGCAGAGGACUACACGGAGGCAGCAUUUACCUUGCUGCUGUACUGGGAGCUGCUGCACUGGGAGGACCGACCCCUCAGAGAGUUCCUCCACUACCCCACACAGAGCGAGUGGCAACGCAAAGAGGGCCUCAGCCGCAAAGUCCUCCACUACUUUAACAAGGGAAAGUGUUGGGAAUAUGGAAUAUCACUCUGCCGGGAACUGGCUUUCCAGUAUGAAACCUUAUAUGACUACCAGAGCCUGAGCUGGAUACGGAAAAUGGAGGCUGCGUACUAUGACAACAUCAUAGAACAGCAGAGGAUUGAACCAGAGUUCUUUAGGAUGGGCUUCUAUGGCAGGAAGUUUCCUUUUUUCCUCAGGAAUAAGGAGUUUGUUUGCCGGGGAUAUAACUAUGAACGACUGGAGGACUUUCAGCAAAGGAUGCUGGGAGAAUUCCCACAUGCCAUUGCCAUGCAGCACCCCAACCAACCAGAUGACGCCCUCCUACAAAGUGAUGUUCAGUACCUGCAGAUCUAUGCGGUUACCCCAGUGUCAGACAUCACUGACGUGCCUCAACUGGAGCGCGUACCCGAGAGGAUCAAGAGCUUCUACCGCAUUAACAAUGUCACUCGCUUUCACUAUGACAGACCCUUCCACAAGGGACCCAAGGACAGGGAGAAUGAGUUCAGGAGCCUGUGGAUCGAGAGAACCACCCUGAUUCUGUCUCGUCCUCUCCCUGGCAUCUCCCGCUGGGCUGAGGUGGAGAGGAGAGAACUGUUGGAGGUGAGCCCCCUGGAGAAUGCCAUCUACGUGGUGGAGAAUAAGACCCAGGAGCUGCGGACCCUGAUUAGCCAGUACCAGAACAGACAGCACCAUGGCAACAUUAACCCCCUCAGCAUGCUGCUCAACGGGGUCAUAGACGCUGCCGUCAAUGGGGGCAUUGCCAGAUACCAGGAGGCAUUCUUUGAAAAGGACUACAUGAACAGCCACACAGAGGACACAGAGAAGAUCACUCAGCUCAAAGAUUUGAUGCAGGAACAGGUUCACAUUCUUGGAGUGGGGCUGGCCGUCCAUGAGAAGUUGGUGCACCCAGAAAUGCGUCCCCUGCACAAAAAGCUGAUAGAUCAGUUCCACAUGAUGAGGACUGGUUUACAUCAGUGUUUAUAUGUGGCCCAGCAGGGGUUGCCAGCAGCCUGCACUGGAGUCAACAAUCCCAGAGGCAUCCUGACCACUCACAGCCACAUGAGCCCAGAAAGUGUCCGUCUGAUUCACAGACAAAGCCCUAUGAACCUGCAGGGUUCUAUCCGUCAGUCCUCCUCCUCCCUCUCUUCUCACACCUCCAGCGAGGCGGGAGGAAACCUGGUCAUCCUGACAGACGGCCUAUUGGGAGAGAACCCUGAGGACACGGCUCACAUGGAGCCAAGCCCCUCCUCCUCCAGUCUGAGCUCCAUUCGGUCCACCUCCUCCCAGGUUAUUAACUCUGCCCCAUCUAGUGCCAGAGGCUCUCCGUCCCUGCCGGAUAAAACCAAACACAACCGGGAGGUGAUGAUGCUGCUGCCGCCUCACCAGAGAGUCAACAACACCAUGUACUACACCAUGACUGAGAACGGACAGAGCAACCAUCAGCAACGUGCCUUACUCCAGCAAGUGAACCCCUGUAAGCCGUGUGUUGACCCUCCCAUGAGCUUGCCAGAGAAAGUGUUCCCUAGUGGCCCGAGCAGCUGGAGUCUAGAUGGCGAGGGCAGGGAGACAGUGCCCUACAUCCAGGGGCCUACAGGGGGCAUCAUCAUGCCCCCUGUCCCACCCAGGUCCUUCCCACCAGGUCACUUCCUGAUGCACUUUGAUGCGUUCCACCACCAGAACAGUGACCCACCCCCGGCACUGCCUGUUCGCUCUCUCAGAAAGUCUCCUCUCCACCCCAUACCUGGCUCCCCCACUAGUCCUCAGUCAGCCCUGGGGGGCAGUAAUUCCACCCUCUCGGGCAGUGCCAGCAGCGGGGUCUCCUCUCUGAGUGAGAGUAACUUUGGGGCCCAGUACCCCGAUGCCCAAACUGUGCGGAAUGACGCCAUGGAGCCCUUACCCAGCCACCUGUGGACCCCUGAUGAGUACCUGGCCUCUCCCUAUCUGCACAUCCACUACAGUGGGCCAGAACCAGAGUCCCUCGACCAUGUCCGACCCUUUCACUACCGUAACCCUGUCUCACACCUCCCCCAAUCCCAAACUCACUUCCACCCCCACUCUCACCAUCAACCGGCCAUCCUUGACGGCCACCCUCAUCCCCACGGGCCCACCCACCACCAGGUACCCCUCCACGGCCCACACCACAUUCCUUACCGGCGCCCUCAGCCCCCAGCUGUGCCCCCCAAGCCCUACCUGAGGGAAGGGUGCAUCCCUGAGGAGGACCUGAGCUCCCUGGUGCCCCAGCCUAUCCCCCUUCCUCGGAGGAUCUUCCACUCCCCCCAUAGCCACAGAGAGGAGCUAGCCAAGGCUGCCUGGGAGCAGUGCAUCAGCGAGGAGCACGAGGAGACACCAUGAGGAGACUACAGGGCUGGGCCUCUUGGUACAUCUUACUAGUCUAAAGUGGCUCCCUUCCUGUUGUCUCCUUGCCAUCAUCUGUAUUGAUGUGAAAGAACAUGGGCUGGUGAAUCAUGCAAAUACAUUGUAGGCAUUAACAAUAUUGCUGUCAUCCAUCCCAUGUUUUUAUAUCAGAGCUGAUGAAGGGGAGAGGAAGCCACUUUAGACUAUUGAGUUACACCUUCACACUCCCCAGUGUAUUCAGUCUGAUUCUGAAUGGAUGAAGCAGCAUCAUAGGAAUUAAUAAGGGAAUAGUAUCUGUUGGACAAUAUGACCGAUAAUAAUCACUUUGUUUAAAUAGAUGUUGACUGUACACUGUUGUACAACUAGUCUGUGAGCAUGUUUAUUUUCAUUUGAGAACAUUAUACAGCCGUUUUGUGAAACAUGACGAUCCUCAUCAACAUGAUCAACCCAUACGAUCCCCAAAUAGAAUCUCCUCUCCCUUUUCCACAACGAAAGGCAACUGCACAAAGUUAUACUCUUAGUAAAGUCAUGAUGACUUUUCUGCUUUUAAAACUCCAUAUAUCUAUCCUAUUAUUUUGAUACACUUGCUACAGUAUGUAUGGGGUUUUCAAAUGGACUUUCCAUCCUCUGAUUUACAAAACGCUGUAUAGUGCUUCACCAUAUGACAUUCUCCAAUCUUCUGUUCUAUUCUGCUACCUGCUUCUCAUUGAAAGCAGGUCUGUUAUUUGGACCUGGGUCACUCUUCUUGACCAAAGCCUCUAGGGACAUAUAAACCUCAGUUUAGGAUUAUCCCUCCAUACAGUACGUAUGGAAAACAAUGUGAAUGUAUUCAAACAAGAUGUGCUGUUUUGUAUGACACAAGUGGCAGGUCUUCUUUUCUGUUCAUGUGAAGUUGUCUUUAUUACAGUCUUCUUGCCUUUUGUGUAAAGACCGAAAUAUCUCAUGAGAGGAGCGUGAAUGUGACCCAGACUGAAAGAGCUGAUAAAUCCUUGGGAGGACUACGAGGGAGGGGUGGGAUUGUCCGGUGCCACAGAGAGCUCUGGAACAACAGCGAGUUCCCAAUGUCAGUUGCACAGGUUGAGUUGGACUCCAUAAGACUGGAUUGUUCCUUGAAAGGAGAUAGUGAUGGAGAAAAUGAACCAUGGUGAAAACAUCCUUAACCCUCAACUAGGAGUAAGAUGAGAAGUAGCGAAGAAUAAUGGCUCAACAGUACCUCAACCACCUACUGGACUAACUAUACUCGUAAAAACAAUUAUCACACCCUCUCUCUGCCUCUCUAUGUUUCAAGACCAUGUCAAUUAACAAGUAAUACAUAUGGACUGUGUGUAAAAGAACUAAAGGCAAUGACAUUGCUCCUGUCAGUUACCUGUUCUACUCACUGUCACCCCCCCUCUGUCCACCGAAUGGCAAAUCCAAACUCCCUCAAACAGUGUUCUAAAACAACUACCUGCCUUAAGUGCACUGAAAUGCAGUAUCAGUCUCUCAUUCUGACACCUCGCUUGACUGUUUCUGUGAAGCUCAUGAAAUGACAGCUCUCAUUUUUUCAUCACGUUCUCUACGCUUUCCGAACCAACCUCAUGAUAUCUAUGUGUGACAUCUGUUUUGUCCUGCCUUGGUUUGUAGAGCUACAGUAUACUUAGUUUUGCCUGCAGUUUCUCUUCACUCUGAUCUGCAAUAGAGAGAUGUUUGUGUGUACAGAGGAGGAGUAAGUGAAGCUCAGACAGGACCAUGAGGUUGACCUCCUUGGGCAAUGAAAGUACAACAGACAGUGUUUGCUGAGAUGUAAUGUAUAACCAACCAGUGGGUUGGAAGGUGGAGGUUACUGUUAAAAAAUACAGGUCUUUGUUUCCCCGUGUAGUUUUUUGCAGGUGAAUGCUUUGCUUUGUGUUCUUGCACAUUUAGGUUGUCCACUGAUCAGACAACAUCUAUUUUUGUAUGCAGGUACAUUCAGUUGUGAGGACAUAGUUCACCGAUGUCUCAUGGAAGGAUGCAGGGUAUGUUUUGCAGACUGUGGAAUUAGUAUGGAAGAACAGAACUAUGGAUCAAAUAUAAGAUGAAAGUCAGAUGUAUGGGGAGGCUGAUGUUUGUGUGAAGAGGAGCGAUACUCAGAUCAAAUAUAGGUACAAUAGAAUUUUUCAAUGUAAAUUCUGUUACUGUACAUACAGCGGUAUUGUGAAAUAUUUUUGAAAAUUAUUGCAGACCCCCUUAAAAUAAUUUUAUUGUUGUUUUGUGUAAAUACAUGUACUCCAGAAAUCGAUGUAAUUGAUGAAUAUCUAUAAUCAAUGUUUAAAGAAGACAAAUACAUUAGACUGUGGUUGUCUGCAUUGUUCUCGACUUCAAGUCUUCAAAUAUAAAUACUUUAUACACUUUUCAAUGUGCUUUCUUGUACAGAUGGUGUUAGCAUGAUCAAACAGUGUUUGGUUGUAAAGGUGGUUUUCCUACUCUCAUAACUGCUGUGGUAUGGAUUCAUUAACAAUGCCAAACAUUAAAGACAAUCUUUUAU